AUGCCCGGCGACGCCCGCAGGAAGGGAGGAUCCUACUCCACCAACCCCGCCACGAUGCGCACCCGCGCCUACCAGGCCAACCUCACCCCGGAGAAGGCCGCCGAGCGCAAGAAGAAGUUCGCAGAGUACCGCUCCCUCCGCGACGUGUGCAUCCGCGUCUCCAAGUCGGACGCUUACAAGGAUGUGACCACGCGCGACGGCAAGCUCAAGCUGCUGAGCGAGGGCUGUCAACGGUUGAUGGCUGAUCGCAUCGCUACCCGGAAACCCACCUGCGGCACCGACAUCGACGAAUUCGUCACGCGUUUCCACGACGGCCGCUGGCUGAAGAAGCACAAAGCCGUCACAUCCUCCGCCGCGAAGCAGGAAGAGUCCGCAGAGGAGGCGGGCGGCUCCUCCGCCGAAACCGCCCAGAAGAACAAGAUCAUGGACCUCGCCGACAUCGAGAUCACUGUCGCGGAGCACCACGACGCCGUCGCGGACCUGGUCGCCAACGAGGCCGAGAUCGCGGCCCAGCUCAACGCCGUCAGCGAGCAGGUGCUCCACGUCAGCGAGGUCGCGGCGAUCCAGCAGGACCGUGUGGAGGUCGUUGAGGAGCGGGCGCAGAGAGACCGUGAGGGUUUGGAGUCUAUGCUUGUGGUGCUCGCCGAGUUUGAGGACGUUUAG